AUGGAGGGGGACGAAGAGUUUGGGUUCGGUUUACAGGAUUGUGUUGGAGAUAUGAGGCUCCGCGCUAAACCGCUCGCUGCUCUCGAACUCACCAUCACCGGUAUAUGGCAAGAGUCUCAUAUCGGCCUCAGAUCUGCGACGGGCUGCAAUUCCUCUCAUGAGUUACCGCAGCUUGAAGCACCUAUGGCAAGGUCCCUGUAUGCGUCUUCUUCAAAUUUCUUCUCGAACUCCUCCUCUUCUUCCCACCACGUUACCUUCCAAUUGAAGGAAUUAGCCCAACGAUCAUUCCGCCACCCUCUAUUAUCUCGCCGAAGGUCUUCCUUCGGUUAUGGUACCUUUUAA